AUGUCCGCGCGCGAGCUCGCCGCGCACUGCGCGAGCGGCGCCGUCGCGGGGUGCGCGGUGGAGGCGGCGUUUUACCCGCUCGACACGAUAAAGACGCGGCUGCAGGCGCGCUUAAGCGGCGAGCGCGUCGCGCUGCGCCGAGGACUGUACCGCGGACUGCUGGGGAACCUGGCGGGCGUCGCCCCGGCGAGCGCGCUGUUCUUCGCGGCGUACGAACCGAUGAAGGCGGCGCUGCGGCGCGACGACGACGGCGACGGCGGCGGCGGCGACGGCGCGAAGGAACACCUGCUCGCGGGCGCGGUCGGAGGACUGGUGUCGAGCGUCGUGCGCGUGCCGACGGAGGUGAUAAAGACGCGAAGGCAGGUGGGCGCGAUGGGUGGGGUGGGAUUGAGGAGCGUCGUCGCGUCGAGCGGCGUCGCGGGGUUGUUUGUGGGAUACGGGUCGUUUCUGUUGCGCGACUUACCGUUCGACGCGAUCGAGUUCGCGGGGUACGAGUCGCUGAAGAAGGCGUGGGGAGAGAUGAAGGGCGAGGACGGCGCGACCGCCGUCGAGGCGGCGGCGCUCGGGUCGAUCGCGGGGGCGUUUACGGGCGCGGUGACGACGCCGCUCGACGUCGUCAAGACGCGUUUGAUGACGAGCCCGGACGUCUAUCGCGGCGUGUUGCAGUGCGUGCGGAAAACCAUCGCGGACGAGGGCGCGCUCGCGAUGUUCAAGGGCGUGCAGCCGCGCGUGCUUUGGAUCGGAUUGGGCGGCGGGUGUUUCUUUUCGGUGCUCGAGACGGCGCGAGGCGUUCUCCUUCCCGUCGACUCGCGGCGCUCGUAG